GGAAAGUUAGGGAUGUGAACAGGAAAACUGAGAUGCCAACUGGACAGAAGUAGACUGGUUGAAAAGAUGUUCAUCAUAAGAGUGGCUAGAUGUCUGCCAUAAUGGAUGUAAUGGUGAGAGAACUAUGUGAGCCAUGAAAUCUGACGUUCAUUUUGUUAUGAAAGCCACAAGUGCCAGAAUUCUGCUUGCUGUCAUAGUAAUUAUGAUACCAGUUGGGUCAUUCCCAGCAACAGGCUCCAUUCAAAACAGGUCUGCACAGUAUCUUUCCAACCAUUCAGCUAGCACAGUGACAGUGACCAAGACUGCAACUCAGCUGGCAGAAGAAAAAUCGAGUCUAUCUGCAGUGGUUGGUUCAUCACUCACACUGAAGUGUCCCUGGCAAUGGCAAAGAACCUUGUUAACUGUAUGGAAUGUGAAAUUUAUAAAUGGGACAAAUUGUCAUUUAUCCUACAAAAGUGACCGAAACCUGUCUGUUACAAACUGCAAUGAGAACGUUAACUGGUUAUCGAGACCCGAUCAAGAAUAUGCUCUUCUUAUAAAGCCUGUGCAGAUUUUCAAUGAAGGAUUUUAUAAGUGUUCUAGUUCAAUUGAUAAGGGCACUUUCAUUCAUGAAUAUGCUCUAACUGUGCUAGUGCCUCCUCAGGUGCACCUGACCCAUGACUACAAUGGAACUGCUGUGUGUACGGCAGCUGCAGGAAAACCAGCUGCCCAGAUCUCAUGGGGCCAGAAAGGGGAUUUUAUCACAGUGAAUGAAACUUUGCCUAAUGGCACCAAGACCGUCAUAAGCAAAUAUAAGAUCACCAGUGCUGAAGAGAACAAUUUAACUUGCUACAUUUCCCAUCCAGCUUGGACGAACUCACAAGUCUUAAGUUUCCUGUCAGGCAGAAAUGACAAAACAAUGAAGGAUUCUAAAGUGCCACUUCUGUAUUCCAUCCCCGCUGUUCUCCUGGGUAUUAUUCUGGUUUCGCUUUUCAUCUUCCUCGGCAGAUUUCUGCAUGGAAAGCACAAGAAAGUCAAUACAUCUAAAAGUCCAGAAACAAUUUCAAGAGGCAGCAUUCAGGAGAAUGAGAUGGAACCCUAUGCCACCUUUGUGCAAAUGGAAAAUGUGAUCUACGAUACAACGUUUGACACCUCAAUGGGCAAACACUUCCCACCCGGGCUUUCACCUUCCACAUAAGUUUCAAUAUGACUCUAGCUUUCUGUGCAAAGGAGACAGAGAAACACAGCAUAAUAGGAAGAGGAAAGACAGCUGUUGCCUUUUAAAAAUGACCUACCAAAAAACGUGGUCAAAUGUU